AUGCUUUCUUUCAUCUUCUUCCUUCUAAUUCUCCCAAUCUCAUCUCAUGGGAAUGCAGAACUCGCUGUUCUUAUGGAUAUCAAAGCUUCUUUAGAUCCAGAAAACAAGCAUCUAUCCUCUUGGACGGAAACAGCCGAUCCCUGCGGUGGUUCCUUCAUCGGCGUCGCCUGUAACCAGUAUCUCAAGGUGGCUAACAUCUCAUUACAAGGCAAAGGUCUCACCGGAAAAGUUCCUCCCGCAAUCUCCGGUCUAAAGUGUUUAUCUGGUUUAUACCUUCAUUACAAUUUCUUAACAGGAGAAAUCCCAAAAGAGAUUUCGACCCUCACUGAGUUAUCAGAGUUGUAUCUUAACGUCAAUAAUCUCACCGGCAUCAUACCUCAAGAAAUCGGAAACAUGGCUAAUCUCGAAGUCAUCGAGUUGUGUUGUAACCAGUUGAAUGGAAGCAUACCUUCAGAGCUUGGAACCUUAAAGAAACUACACGUCUUGGCUCUGCAACACAACCGGUUAACCGGCCAAAUCCCGCGAACCCUUGGCGGCUUGGUUAUGUUAAAGAGGCUCGAUCUCAGCUAUAACCAGCUCGACGGUCCGAUCCCCAUAACCAUGGUUAAAGUAUCAGGGUUGGAGUUUCUUGAUGUCCAGAAUAACACCCUUUCAGGAUUUGUUCCAACUGGUUUGAAGCGAUUGAACAACGGAUUCAGUUUCAAGAACAAUCGAGAUCUAUGUGGUGCUGCGGCAUUUGGUUCGCUAAGACCGUGUACCGAGCUUGAUGUAGCCAUGAUCAACCAACUUGAACCAUUUACACCAACACCAAACACCACCAUAUCGGAAAACAUACCCCAAUCAGCUAACAUUUUGCCUCGUUGCCAACAACCCCACUGCACGAACUCAUCGAAUCUCCCACGGGUUGGCAUCAUAGCCGGCAUAGUCGCAGUCAUCGCGGCUUUAACGAUAACAGCAUUCAUCACGGUAUUCAUCCACCGAAGGCGAAAGCAGAAAAUCUGGAGCAAAACCGAGACUCCUGAACAUAGAUUUAGCAUGCAGGAAUCCGCCAAGAAAAGCGGCGAUUCCGCUUGCGCAUGGGACCCGACACAGAAAUCACCCAAAAAAUGCGGGUUUUGCAUCGAAUCCCGAUCAAUAGAAUCACUAUCGCUACAGAGCUUCAACUUGGAGGAAAUAGAGUCGGCCACCCGUUACUUCUCCGAUGCUAAUUUGCUGGGGAGGAGCAAGUUUUCAGCCGUUUAUAAAGGGGUUUUGAGGGAUAGAUCGGUUGUGGCUAUAAAAAGCGUUAGCGUGACGAGCUGCAAAGCCGACGAAGCCGAGUUUACGAAAGGGCUGAGCAUGUUAACCUCUUUAAAACAUGAAAAUUUGGCUAGGCUUAGAGGGUUUUGUUGUUCAAAAGGAAGAGGUGAAUGCUUUUUGGUGUAUGAUUUUGCAUCAAAAGGGAAUUUAUCAGAAUAUCUUGAUAUUGAAGAUGGAAGAAGCAGCCAUGUUCUUGAUUGGCCCAAAAGGGUUACAAUCAUAAAUGGCAUAGCCAAAGGUCUCGCGUACCUACACAGAAGCGAUAUGGAAAAAUCUGGCAUGGUUCAUCGUAACAUAUCCAUGGAAAAGAUACUGCUCGACCAACAGUACAACCCGUUGAUCACUGAUGCCGGCCUUUUGAAGCUUCUAGCCGAUGACAUUGUGUUCUCGGCGCUCAAGGUCAGUGCGGCUUUAGGCUACAUGGCUCCCGAGUAUAUCACCACCGGCAAAUUCACAGAAAAGAGCGAUGUUUAUGCUUUUGGGGUCGUGGUUCUUCAGAUACUAUCAGGUAAAAGUAAUAUCACCGGCUCGAUAAGAGCAGCUGCUGCAGAUAGUAGGUUUGGUGAUUUUAUUGACGAAAAUCUUGAGGGAAAUUUUUCCGAAUCGGAAGCAGAUAAGUUGGCUAAAAUCGGGGCGAUCUGUGUCGAUGAAGUUCCUGAGAAUAGGCUAACAAUGGAGGCUGUGAUUCUAGAACUAACCAAUUCUAUUUAGUCCAAAAAUUUUAAAUUUCUUAUCUAAUUGAACCUUUUCGUUCUAUUGGUUGUAAUUAUAUGAUAUGAAUGAUCCAUA